AAAUCAUCAGCGAUCUACGACUCAGGGACAACUAUCCAUGUAUUCAACGACAAAUCAAGAUUCCAGAACAUGAGGGAAGCAGAAGCAGGAUAUUUCCUAUGGACAGGAACCUCAAGGGCGAGGAUAGAAGGAUAUGGAGAAGUUGACCUGAUAGCUACAGGAUCUCGCAGAAGUCAGGCAGUCAAACUACGACUACACAAUGUGGCAUACUGCCCUGACUUUGUCACCAACUUAGUCUCCUUCCAGAAGCUUAGGAAGAGAGGGAAUCUACUGGGAUACCCGCCCAAGCCAGAAUUGUCUUCGUCGAUCAGAUGACACUUUUGUCUGCCAACUCCAGGAGAUACAUGGACAACAGGUCAUCGAGUACAACCCAACAGGCAGCACAAGGACAGUGGCUUCAUUCUAUACAUCAUCAAGGAAGAAAAGGCCUACCAAGGCAGGACCGAGACUAUGGCACUUACGAAUGGGCCACCCAGGCGACAAGACCAUCAACCACCUGGUCAAUGCCUCAAGGGGUGUCAAGUUGACCCAGGAAUUCCCUAACCGAGCCAUCAGUAUAUGCGAAGCCUGUCGACUAGGCAAAGCAAAGAGACAAGUGAGCAGACUGCCCAGAGAGUCUCUGCAGUGGUCGAGGAUAGGAGAAAGGAUUGCUGUCGAUUUCCAUACAGUCUCGCCACAAGGAUAUGGAGGAAUCACGUCAGCAGUCAUCUUCUCAGACAGGAUAACUGGGUGCUCAUGGGAUUACUAUCUCCAUGACCGUACCAGUAACACCCUGUUGAAGGUAUUCACCAUGUUCUUGACAUGAUGAAGAUCCAGCACCACAUCACUGUCAAGACCAUCGAGUGUGACAACGAGAUCACCACCACACACACUCAAGUAGCAGAGAUGCUAGACUCUAAGGGUAUAUCAACAGAAGCGAGCGCCCCUAACACACAAGCUCAGAAUGGAGCUGCUGAGAGGAUUGCAGCAGUAAUUAAAGAGAAGGCCAGAGUAGUAGUACUAGACGCCGCCCACGGCCCCGGCCCCCUCGGGUUAGGGCCAGCCCUUGGGGGUGGGAAGGUUGGGAAGGAGGG